AUGUCUCCCUCUCUAACUACAUCAUCAACAGCUUUAACGACAACAGAAACCUCAACAUCAGAUUCUUUCACCACAAUCCCUUUUGUAGCAACAUCUAAUACACCACCCACUAGCACAAUUGAAACUAGCACUGCUUUUACCUCAGCAAAAACUUCUACUUCAUCAGCAAGUGCUUCCACUGCAUCUACCAGCACUUCAGCGCAAACAACAAUUACAUUUGGCUCGACAACAGCCACAGAUGAAACCACAACAACGUUGUCUGCAAGUACAACAUUCACAACCUUUCCUACAGAGACCACCGCUAUUUCCACAACAAGCUUUUCAAGCACUGCCUCAACUUCAUCUACAUCAACGCCGUUUAAAUUUGCUUCAACAAGUCCUACGUUUUCCGCAACAAUAUCUUCCCAGACUACGUCUCCCUCUCUAACUACAUCAUCAACAGCUUUAACCACAACAGAAACCUCAACAGAUUCUUUCACCUCAACCCCUUUUGUAGCAACAUCUACAACACCACCCACUAGCACAAUUGAAACCAGCACUGCUUUUACCUCAGCAAAAACUUCUACUUCAUCAACAAGUGCUUCCACUGCAUCUACCAGCACUUCAGCGCAAACAACUAUUACAUUUGGCUCGACAACAGCCACAGAUGAAACCACAACAACGUCGUCUGCAAGUACAACAUUCACAACCUUUCCUACAGAGAACACCGCUAUUUCCACAACAAGCUUUUCAAGCACUGCCUCAACUUCAUCUACAUCAACGCCGUUUACAUUUGCUUUAACAAGUCCUACGUUUUCCGCAACAAUAUCUUCCCAGACUACGUCUCCCUCUCUAACUACAUCAUCAACAGCUUUAACCACAACAGAAACCUCAACAUCAGAUUCUUUCACCACAACCCCUUUUGUAGCAACAUCUACAACACCACCCACUAGCAUAAUUGAAACUAGCACUGCUUUUACCUCAGCAAAAACUUCUACUUCAUCAGCAAGUGCUUCCACUGCAUCUACCAGCACUUCAGCGCAAACAACAAUUACAUUUGGCUCGACAACAGCCACAGAUGAAACCACAACAACGUCGUCUGCAAGUACAACAUUCACAACCUUUCCUACAGAGACCACCGCUAUUUCCACAACAAGCUUUUCAAGCACUGCCUCAACUUCAUCUACAUCAACGCCGCUUACAUUUGCUUCAACAAGUCCUACGUUUUCCGCAACAAUAUCUUCCCAGACUACGUCUCCCUCUCUAACUACAUCAUCAACAGCUUUAACGACAACAGAAACCUCAACAACAGAUUCUUUCACCACAACCCCUUUUGUAGCAACAUCUACAACACCACCCACUAGCACAAUUGAAACCAGCCCUGCUUUUACCUCAGCAAAAACUUCUACUUCAUCAGCAAGUGCUUCCACUGCUUCUACCAGCACUUCAGCGCAAACAACAAUUACAUUUGGCUCGACAACAGCCACAGAUGAAACCACAACAACGUCGUCUGCAAGUACAACAUUCACAACCUUUCCUACAGAGACCACCGCUAUUUCCACAACAAGCUUUUCAAGCACUGUCUCAACUUCAUCUACAUCAACGCCAUUUACAUUGGCUUCAACAAGUCCUACGUUUUCCGCAACAAUAUCUUCCAAGACUACGUCUCCCUCUCUAACUACAUCAUCAACAGCUUUAACCACAACAGAAACCUCAACAGAUUCUUUCACCUCAACCCCUUUUGUAGCAACAUCUACAACACCACCCACUAGCACAAUUGAAACCAGCACUGCUUUUACCUCAGCAAAAACUUCUACUUCAUCAACAAGUGCUUCCACUGCAUCUACCAGCACUUCAGCGCAAACAACUAUUACAUUUGGCUCGACAACAGCCACAGAUGAAACCACAACAACGUCGUCUGCAAGUACAACAUUCACAACCUUUCCUACAGAGAACACCGCUAUUUCCACAACAAGCUUUUCAAGCACUGCCUCAACUUCAUCUACAUCAACGCCGUUUACAUUUGCUUCAACAAGUCCUACGUUUUCCGCAACAAUAUCUUCCCAGACUAUGUCUCCCUCUCUAACUACAUCAUCAACAGCUUUAACGACAACAGAAACCUCAACAUCAGAUUCUUUCACCACAAUCCCUUUUGUAGCAACAUCUAAUACACCACCCACUAGCACAAUUGAAACUAGCACUGCUUUUACCUCAGCAAAAACUUCUACUUCAUCAGCAAGUGCUUCCACUGCAUCUACCAGCACUUCAGCGCAAACAACAAUUACAUUUGGCUCGACAACAGCCACAGAUGAAACCACAACAACGUUGUCUGCAAGUACAACAUUCACAACCUUUCCUACAGAGACCACCGCUAUUUCCACAACAAGCUUUUCAAGCACUGCCUCAACUUCAUCUACAUCAACGCCGUUUAAAUUUGCUUCAACAAGUCCUACGUUUUCCGCAACAAUAUCUUCCCAGACUACGUCUCCCUCUCUAACUACAUCAUCAACAGCUUUAACCACAACAGAAACCUCAACAGAUUCUUUCACCUCAACCCCUUUUGUAGCAACAUCUACAACACCACCCACUAGCACAAUUGAAACCAGCACUGCUUUUACCUCAGCAAAAACUUCUACUUCAUCAACAAGUGCUUCCACUGCAUCUACCAGCACUUCAGCGCAAACAACUAUUACAUUUGGCUCGACAACAGCCACAGAUGAAACCACAACAACGUCGUCUGCAAGUACAACAUUCACAACCUUUCCUACAGAGAACACCGCUAUUUCCACAACAAGCUUUUCAAGCACUGCCUCAACUUCAUCUACAUCAACGCCGUUUACAUUUGCUUUAACAAGUCCUACGUUUUCCGCAACAAUAUCUUCCCAGACUACGUCUCCCUCUCUAACUACAUCAUCAACAGCUUUAACCACAACAGAAACCUCAACAUCAGAUUCUUUCACCACAACCCCUUUUGUAGCAACAUCUACAACACCACCCACUAGCAUAAUUGAAACUAGCACUGCUUUUACCUCAGCAAAAACUUCUACUUCAUCAGCAAGUGCUUCCACUGCAUCUACCAGCACUUCAGCGCAAACAACAAUUACAUUUGGCUCGACAACAGCCACAGAUGAAACCAAAACAACGUCGUCUGCAAGUACAACAUUCACAACCUUUCCUACAGAGACCACCGCUAUUUCCACAACAAGCUUUUCAAGCACUGCCUCAACUUCAUCUACAUCAACGCCGCUUACAUUUGCUUCAACAAGUCCUACGUUUUCCGCAACAAUAUCUUCCCAGACUACGUCUCCCUCUCUAACUACAUCAUCAACAGCUUUAACGACAACAGAAACCUCAACAACAGAUUCUUUCACCACAACCCCUUUUGUAGCAACAUCUACAACACCACCCACUAGCACAAUUGAAACCAGCCCUGCUUUUACCUCAGCAAAAACUUCUACUUCAUCAGCAAGUGCUUCCACUGCUUCUACCAGCACUUCAGCGCAAACAACAAUUACAUUUGGCUCGACAACAGCCACAGAUGAAACCACAACAACGUCGUCUGCAAGUACAACAUUCACAACCUUUCCUACAGAGACCACCGCUAUUUCCACAACAAGCUUUUCAAGCACUGUCUCAACUUCAUCUACAUCAACGCCAUUUACAUUGGCUUCAACAAGUCCUACGUUUUCCGCAACAAUAUCUUCCAAGACUACGUCUCCCUCUCUAACUACAUCAUCAACAGCUUUAACCACAACAGAAACCUCAACAGAUUCUUUCACCUCAACCCCUUUUGUAGCAACAUCUACAACACCACCCACUAGCACAAUUGAAACCAGCACUGCUUUUACCUCAGCAAAAACUUCUACUUCAUCAACAAGUGCUUCCACUGCAUCUACCAGCACUUCAGCGCAAACAACUAUUACAUUUGGCUCGACAACAGCCACAGAUGAAACCACAACAACGUCGUCUGCAAGUACAACAUUCACAACCUUUCCUACAGAGAACACCGCUAUUUCCACAACAAGCUUUUCAAGCACUGCCUCAACUUCAUCUACAUCAACGCCGUUUACAUUUGCUUCAACAAGUCCUACGUUUUCCGCAACAAUAUCUUCCCAGACUAUGUCUCCCUCUCUAACUACAUCAUCAACAGCUUUAACGACAACAGAAACCUCAACAUCAGAUUCUUUCACCACAAUCCCUUUUGUAGCAACAUCUAAUACACCACCCACUAGCACAAUUGAAACUAGCACUGCUUUUACCUCAGCAAAAACUUCUACUUCAUCAGCAAGUGCUUCCACUGCAUCUACCAGCACUUCAGCGCAAACAACAAUUACAUUUGGCUCGACAACAGCCACAGAUGAAACCACAACAACGUUGUCUGCAAGUACAACAUUCACAACCUUUCCUACAGAGACCACCGCUAUUUCCACAACAAGCUUUUCAAGCACUGCCUCAACUUCAUCUACAUCAACGCCGUUUAAAUUUGCUUCAACAAGUCCUACGUUUUCCGCAACAAUAUCUUCCCAGACUACGUCUCCCUCUCUAACUACAUCAUCAACAGCUUUAACCACAACAGAAACCUCAACAGAUUCUUUCACCUCAACCCCUUUUGUAGCAACAUCUACAACACCACCCACUAGCACAAUUGAAACCAGCACUGCUUUUACCUCAGCAAAAACUUCUACUUCAUCAACAAGUGCUUCCACUGCAUCUACCAGCACUUCAGCGCAAACAACUAUUACAUUUGGCUCGACAACAGCCACAGAUGAAACCACAACAACGUCGUCUGCAAGUACAACAUUCACAACCUUUCCUACAGAGAACACCGCUAUUUCCACAACAAGCUUUUCAAGCACUGCCUCAACUUCAUCUACAUCAACGCCGUUUACAUUUGCUUUAACAAGUCCUACGUUUUCCGCAACAAUAUCUUCCCAGACUACGUCUCCCUCUCUAACUACAUCAUCAACAGCUUUAACCACAACAGAAACCUCAACAUCAGAUUCUUUCACCACAACCCCUUUUGUAGCAACAUCUACAACACCACCCACUAGCAUAAUUGAAACUAGCACUGCUUUUACCUCAGCAAAAACUUCUACUUCAUCAGCAAGUGCUUCCACUGCAUCUACCAGCACUUCAGCGCAAACAACAAUUACAUUUGGCUCGACAACAGCCACAGAUGAAACCACAACAACGUCGUCUGCAAGUACAACAUUCACAACCUUUCCUACAGAGACCACCGCUAUUUCCACAACAAGCUUUUCAAGCACUGCCUCAACUUCAUCUACAUCAACGCCGCUUACAUUUGCUUCAACAAGUCCUACGUUUUCCGCAACAAUAUCUUCCCAGACUACGUCUCCCUCUCUAACUACAUCAUCAACAGCUUUAACGACAACAGAAACCUCAACAACAGAUUCUUUCACCACAACCCCUUUUGUAGCAACAUCUACAACACCACCCACUAGCACAAUUGAAACCAGCCCUGCUUUUACCUCAGCAAAAACUUCUACUUCAUCAGCAAGUGCUUCCACUGCUUCUACCAGCACUUCAGCGCAAACAACAAUUACAUUUGGCUCGACAACAGCCACAGAUGAAACCACAACAACGUCGUCUGCAAGUACAACAUUCACAACCUUUCCUACAGAGACCACCGCUAUUUCCACAACAAGCUUUUCAAGCACUGUCUCAACUUCAUCUACAUCAACGCCAUUUACAUUGGCUUCAACAAGUCCUACGUUUUCCGCAACAAUAUCUUCCAAGACUACGUCUCCCUCUCUAACUACAUCAUCAACAGCUUUAACCACAACAGAAACCUCAACAGAUUCUUUCACCUCAACCCCUUUUGUAGCAACAUCUACAACACCACCCACUAGCACAAUUGAAACCAGCACUGCUUUUACCUCAGCAAAAACUUCUACUUCAUCAACAAGUGCUUCCACUGCAUCUACCAGCACUUCAGCGCAAACAACUAUUACAUUUGGCUCGACAACAGCCACAGAUGAAACCACAACAACGUCGUCUGCAAGUACAACAUUCACAACCUUUCCUACAGAGAACACCGCUAUUUCCACAACAAGCUUUUCAAGCACUGCCUCAACUUCAUCUACAUCAACGCCGUUUACAUUUGCUUCAACAAGUCCUACGUUUUCCGCAACAAUAUCUUCCCAGACUACGUCUCCCUCUCUAACUACAUCAUCAACAGCUUUAACCACAACAGAAACCUCAACAUCAGAUUCUUUCACCACAAUCCCUUUUGUAGCAACAUCUAAUACACCACCCACUAGCACAAUUGAAACUAGCACUGCUUUUACCUCAGCAAAAACUUCUACUUCAUCAGCAAGUGCUUCCACUGCAUCUACCAGCACUUCAGCGCAAACAACAAUUACAUUUGGCUCGACAACAGCCACAGAUGAAACCACAACAACGUCGUCUGCAAGUACAACAUUCACAACCUUUCCUACAGAGACCACCGCUAUUUCCACAACAAGCUUUUCAAGCACUGCCUCAACUUCAUCUACAUCAACGCCGUUUAAAUUUGCUUCAACAAGUCCUACGUUUUCCGCAACAAUAUCUUCCCAGACUACGUCUCCCUCUCUAACUACAUCAUCAACAGCUUUAACCACAACAGAAACCUCAACAUCAGAUUCUUUCACCACAACCCCUUUUGUAGCAACAUCUACAACACCACCCACUAGCACAAUUGAAACCAGCACUGCUUUUACCUCAGCAAAAACUUCUACUUCAUCAGCAAGUGCUUCCACUGCAUCUACCAGCACUUCAGCGCAAACAACAAUUACAUUUGGCUCGACAACAGCCACAGAUGAAACCACAACAACGUCGUCUGCAAGUACAACAUUCACAACCUUUCCUACAGAGACCACCGCUAUUUCCACAACAAGCUUUUCAAGCACUGCCUCAACUUCAUCUACAUCAACGCCGCUUACAUUUGCUUCAACAAGUCCUACGUUUUCCGCAACAAUAUCUUCCCAGACUACGUCUCCCUCUCUAACUACAUCAACAGCUUUAACGACAACAGAAACCUCAACAACAGAUUCUUUCACCACAACCACUUUUGUAGCAACAUCUACAACACCACCCACUAGCACAAUUGAAACCAGCACUGCUUUUACCUCAGCAAAAACUUCUACUUCAUCAGCAAGUGCUUCCACUGCAUCUACCAGCACUUCAGCGCAAACAACUAUUACAUUUGGCUCGACAACAGCCACAGAUGAAACCACAACAACGUCGUCUGCAAGUACAACAUUCACAACCUUUCCUACAGAGACCACCGCUAUUUCCACAACAAGCUUUUCAAGCACUCCCUCAACUUCAUCUAGAUCAACGCCGUUUACAUUUGCUUCAACAAGUCCUACUUUUUCCGCAACAAUAUCUUCCCAGACUUCGUCUCCCUCUCUAACUACAUCAUCAACAGCUUUAACCACAACAGAAACCUCAAAAACAGAUUCUUUCACCACAACCCCUUUUGUAGCAACAUCUACAACACCACCCACUAGCACAAUUGAAACCAGCACUGCUUUUACCUCAGCAAAAACUUCUACUUCAUCAGCAAGUGCUUCCACUGCAUCUACCAGCACUUCAGCGCAAACAACAAUUACAUUUGGCUCGACAACAGCCACAGAUGAAACCACAACAACGUCGUCUGCAAGUACAACAUUCACAACCUUUCCUACAGAGACCACCGCUAUUUCCACAACAAGCUUUUCAAGCACUGCCUCAACUUCAUCUACAUCAACGCCGUUUACAUUUGCUUCAACAAGUCCUACGUUUUCCGCAACAAUAUCUUCCCAGACUACGUCUCCCUCUCUAACUACAUCAUCAACAGCUUUAACGACAACAGAAACCUCAACAACAGAUUCUUUCACCUACAACCCCUUUUACCACCGCUAUUUCCACAACAAGCUUUUCAAGCACUGCCUCAACUUCAUCUACAUCAACGCCGUUUACAUUUGCUUCAACAAGUCCUACGUUUUCCGCAACAAUAUCUUCCCAGACUACGUCUCCCUCUCUAACUACAUCAUCAACAGCUUUAACCACAACAGAAACCUCAACAUCAGAUUCUUUCACCACAACCCCUUUUACCACCGCUAUUUCCACAACAAGCUUUUCAAGCACUGCCUCAACUUCAUCUACAUCAACGCCGCUUACAUUUGCUUCAACAAGUCCUACGUUUUCCGCAACAAUAUCUUCCCAGACUACGUCUCCCUCUCUAACUACAUCAUCAACAGCUUUAACGACAACAGAAACCUCAACAACAGAUUCUUUCACCACAACCCCUUUUCCACAGAGGAAACCACAACAACGUCGUCUGCAAGUACAACAUUCACAACCUUUCCUACAGAGACCACCGCUAUUUCCACAACAAGCUUUUCAAGCACUGCCUCAACUUCAUCUACAUCAACGCCGCUUACAUUUGCUUCAACAAGUCCUACGUUUUCCGCAACAAUAUCUUCCCAGACUACGUCUCCCUCUCUAACUACAUCAUCAACAGCUUUAACGACAACAGAAACCUCAACAACAGAUUCUUUCACCACAACCCCUUUUGUAGCAACAUCUACAACACCACCCACUAGCCACAAUUGA